AUGGCAAAGAGGUCAAUUGCCCUCGAUGCUAUUAUCAACGAAUCAGUUGAUCUGGAGAACAUACCUCUUGAAGAAGUUUUUGAAAAUCUUAAAUGUACAAGAGAUGGUUUGAGCUCCGAUGAAGUUCAAGGACGGUUGGAAUUGUUUGGAUACAAUAAACUUGAAGAGAAAAAGGAAAGUAAAAUUCUGAAGUUUUUGGGCUUUAUGUGGAAUCCUCUGUCAUGGGUGAUGGAAGCAGCAGCUAUAAUGGCCAUUGCUCUUGCACAUGGUGGGCACAAGGGCCCAGAUUAUCAUGACUUUGUUGGCAUCGUGGUUUUACUCAUUACCAAUUCUACUAUCAGCUUUAUUGAGGAAAAUAAUGCUGGUAAUGCAGCUGCGGCUCUUAUGGCUCGGUUGGCUCCAAAAGCCAAGGUGUUACGUGAUGGGAGAUGGAGUGAGGAAGAUGCUUCAGGGUUGGUUCCCGGUGACUUAGUGUUACGUGAUGGGAGAUGGAGUGAGGAAGAUGCUUCAGAGUUGGUUCCCGGUGACUUAGUCAGUAUCAAACUUGGAGACAUUGUUCCUGCUGAUGCACGUCUACUAGAAGGAGAUCCUCUAAAGAUUGAUCAGAUCAGGUUUUGCCAGUCUUUAGUGUUUCACUUCAAAGUAGAACGCCUCUUUGAGGCUGGAGUUGAUGAUUCUUCAAAGCCUCAGCAUGAAGGUCAAGUGAAGAGAUUGACUUGUUCAUUGGCAACCCCAUGUGGAAAUUUUUUUGAAAGGUCCCCUUCUGAUUCUGCUCUUACUGGAGAAUCUUUGCCAGUAACCAAGCAUCCUGGUGAAGGGGUUUACUCGGGUUCAACAUGUAAGCAAGGUGAAAUUGAAGCAGUUGUUAUUGCAACUGGGGUUCAUACUUUCUUUGGCAAAGCAGCUCAUCUUGUGGAAAACACUACACAUGUUGGACAUUUCCAAAAGGUUUUAACAGCAAUUGGGAACUUCUGCAUUUGCUCAAUUGCUGUUGGAAUGGUGAUUGAAAUCAUCGCUAUAUAUGGGAUUCAUCAGAGGAGCUAUCGUGUUGGAAUCGAUAACCUUCUUGUCCUACUGAUUGGUGGGAUUCCCAUUGCAAUGCCAACAGUUCUUUCUGUUACCAUGGCUAUAGGUUCACAUCGCUUAUCUCAGCAGGGUGCCAUCACAAAGAGAAUGACUGCUAUCGAGGAAAUGGCUGGGAUGGAUGUGCUAUGUAGUGAUAAAACAGGCACACUGACACUUAACAAGCUUACUGUGGACAAAAACCUGAUUGAGGUUUUUGUCAAAGGUGUUGAAAAGGAUAUGGUUGUAUUAAUGGCUGCAAGAGCAUCAAGGAUGGAGAAUCAAGAUGCUAUUGAUGCUGCAAUUGUUUCAAUGCUGGCAGACGCUAAGGAGGCUCGGGCUGGAAUUAACGAAGUUCACUUCCUCCCAUUCAAUCCAACUGACAAAAGGACAGCUCUUACAUACACAGAUAAAGCUGGUAAAAUGCACAGAGUGAGCAAGGGCGCACCAGAGCAGAUUCUCAAUCUAGCACAUAACAAAUCAGAAAUUGCACGGAAGGUACAUUCUAUGAUUGACAAAUUUGCAGAACGUGGGCUCCGUUCCCUUGGAGUUGCUCGCCAGGAAGUACCUGCGGGUAAGAAAGACAGUCCUGGUGGUCCCUGGGAAUUUGUUGGCCUUCUCCCUCUCUUUGACCCUCCUCGUCAUGAUAGUGCUGAAACGAUUAGGAGAGCUCUAGAUCUUGGUGUGAGUGUGAAGAUGAUAACAGGUGACCAACUGGCAAUAGCUAAGGAAACGGGAAGACGGCUUGGAAUGGGGUCAAAUAUGUACCCUUCUUCAUCUUUGUUGGGUGAUAGCAAGGAUGGGGCAGUUGGAGCUCUACCAAUUGAUGAACUCAUUGAGAAAGCUGAUGGUUUUGCUGGAGUCUUUCCUGAACACAAAUAUGAGAUUGUGAGGAGACUACAAGAUAGAAAACACAUCUGUGGAAUGACAGGUGAUGGUGUAAAUGAUGCACCUGCCUUAAAGAAAGCUGACAUCGGAAUUGCUGUGGCAGAUUCUACAGACGCUGCGCGUGGUGCUUCUGAUAUAGUUCUAACAGAACCUGGACUGAGUGUAAUCAUUAGUGCUGUCCUAACAAGCCGCGCAAUCUUCCAGAGAAUGAAAAACUACACGAUAUAUGCUGUUUCAAUUACUAUUCGUAUUGUGGUAAGCUUUCUGCUAGGUUUUAUGUUGCUGAAUGUUUUCUGGAAGUUUGACUUCCCUCCUUUUAUGGUUCUUGUCAUUGCCAUUCUUAAUGAUGGUACUAUCAUGACUAUUUCCAAAGACAGGGUCAAACCUUCUCCCCUUCCGGACAGUUGGAAGCUCAGUGAAAUUUUUGCAACUGGGAUUGUCCUUGGUGCAUACUUGGCUAUAAUGACUGUUGUAUUCUUCUGGGCAGCAUAUGACACUAAUUUCUUUAAGAAUACUUUCCAUGUAAAGGACUUCAACCAGCAUAACUUCAAUAUGUCAAACGAGGACGAAGCUAAGCCACUUAGAGAAAUGUUGGCAUCUGCUGUUUAUCUUCAAAUCAGCACCAUCAGUCAAGCCUUAAUAUUUGUGACUCGCUCUAGGGGCUGGUCUUUCACAGAACGACCUGGUCUUCUGCUUGUAAUUGCCUUCAUUCUUGCUCAAUUGAUUGCAACUGUGAUAUCUGCCACUGCUACCUGGAAGCCUGCUGGAAUCAGAAAGAUAGGUUGGGGCUGGACAGGUGUCAUCUGGUUGUACAAUAUACUGACUUACAUGCUUCUUGAUCCUAUCAAAUUUGCUGUUCGAUAUGCCCUUAGUGGACGGGCCUGGGGUCUGGUGGUGGAAAAAAGAGUGAGUGUGACUGGAACCCCCUCAUAA